AUGGAAUACGUCAAAGAUGGUGAAUUCUUUGAUUUUUUAUCACAAAAAAAGAAAUUAUCAGAAUAUGAAACUCGUAUCGUUUUUAAACAAUUAUUCGAUGCGAUAAAAUAUCUACAUGGUCAUCGUAUUGCUCAUCGUGAUCUUAAACCUGAAAAUAUUCUCAUGUCAAGUGCUGCAAAUCUCGAGGUUAAAAUUUCCGAUUUUGGUUUAUCAAAACUCCUUGGUCCUGAACAUUCAUUAAUGAAAACUUUAUGUGGAACCCGUCUUUACGUUGCUCCUGAAGUCAUCGCUCGAACUCCUAAUCGUAGUUAUGGAAGAUCUGUUGAUAUGUGGAGUCUUGGUGUUAUUCUAUAUGUCUGUCUUUGUGGAAAUUUACCUUUCGCUGAUGAAUUGGGCCCUCCAACUCUCCUCGAUCAAAUUAGAUUAGGAAGAUAUAAGUUUCAUUCCCCUGCAUGGGAUAAUAUUAGCAAUAAUGCAAAAGAUUUGAUUAAGGGUUUGUUAACUGUUAAUGUAAACAAUCGGUUAACAGUUUCUCAAGCCUUGGCACAUCCCUUCAUGCAGACACUACCUUCACCUCGAUCUAUUUCAAAUGCACCAAUUUUGACACGAGGGAAUGAAAACAUCCCACAAACUAGAAGGAAUCAAAGAAGUUUUUCACGGAGUCACACGUACACAGAUUCUACUGAAGCAGAUUUUGCUGAUGAUGAAGCAUCAUUCGUUACUGCAGGCACAGUUGAAUUAUCAAGUUCUUCCUUACAAUCAGCCGACUCUGAUAUUCAAUAUCUUUAUGAAACUUCUUAUUUUUCGAUUGAUUAA